AUGCGGUGUAUAUCCACUCGUUCCUAUGAGUCAGCGGACCCUCUCACGGACUGCACGGUGGCCGUGCAGCAACUAAUGAGUAAGCGUUCGCUGCUGCCGCCCUCCCCGACAGCCGACGAGCUGCUACAGCUUCUACAGGAGUCUGGCCACCCUUGCACUUCAUCGACGGCGCCGGAUAGCGACAUGGGGGUGCUCGGGUGGCCGCCGGCGUCCUUCUCGGCCUCGAGCAUCAAGUGCAAGUGUCCUACGAGCAGCCGUGUGGCGAGCAGUUUUGCCGCUGCUGGGGCUCACUCGGUGCUGGGCGAGAUGCUGCAGUUCUUCGCCGAGUCAGUGACACACCUCUUCACGACCGGUGUGGCCGAUCCGUCCGUGCGCGCGUUUCCUUCAGAGUGGGAUCGUCGCCUGCAUGCACCGGCAGCUGCGUCCCUGCGCCAGCACCACCUCUAUGAGCUACAGGGCUUUAGCGCGCUGUUCACCUACAUGUGGGGUCAGGUGGCUACGUCUUUGCCACUUUUGCGAGAGCAGCAGGGAGAAGAGAAGGCCCUAGUAGAGUCUACAGAGCGCAGCAUGGUGUCGCCAAACUCGGAGGCGACGAGGUCCACUCGCAGCUCAAGUGCGAAGAGUCCAGCGGCGCAGCAGCCACCGUCCCCUCUUCUGCUCUCUACGUCAGCCGCCACAGCGCACCAGCCCCAACCCUUUCAUCGGACCGCGAGAAAGGGCGGCAGUGGCGGUCUUCAAAGCGGAAACUCUUCAGGGCAUGUGCGCCCUCUCCUCCCCCUCGCCCCGGCGGCUCUGCAUCUGCCGAAUGCUGAGAUAGAGUCCGUCCACUGUCGAGGAAAGCGUCAGAAAGACGGCCUUAACUCUGCGGUGCCGAGUCGAUUGGCAGCACAGCCGCCGACUCUAGCCGUGCUUCAGCACGCGCUGACAGCGCAAGCGAGGGCACGGGGACCAUUUCUGCCCUCGAUUCCGCCCGAAGGACUUUUGCCGUCUUCAGGUGCUCGAAGGCUUGAGGGGCCGCACCCAGAGAACUCCGGCGCGGCAAACGACUAUGCAAAGCAUUCGCUGGCAUCGGCGGCGUCUGAUUCUAAGGCGACAGCAUCGCAUCCCACAUCAGCACAAAUAUUGUCGGUGGAACAGGCGAUGCAGCUGGACCGUCAGCGUGAGCUGCAAAGAAAACUAGGAGUCCGCCGCGUGCGCAACUACGCAGCCGAGGAUGACAUGCGCAACUACCUCGACAACUAUCAGGCUAAUAUGCGGAGUGUGUUAGAGGGAGAUGAUGUGGCAGAAGAUGGCACGUAG